UCUCGUCGUCCUAUAUAAAACCCCCAAUACCUCUUCCAUGAAGACGAACUAACACUUGAAACAAAUUUUCAUCUCUCUUUCCAACUCUUAAACAUCUUCUCAUCUCUCUCUUUCUUCUCUUACAUCUCUCUUUCUCUGUAGCUGCUUCUUGGGUUCAAGAAAAAUGGAUGAUCUUAUACAUUUCGUGUUUGGGAUCUUUGGAAAUCUUACUGCUCUUUUCCUUUUCCUGGCUCCCUUAAUAACGUUUAAGAGAAUUAUAAAGAGCAAAUCAACGGAACAGUUCUCCGGCAUUCCUUAUAUUAUGACUUUGCUCAACUGCCUUCUCUCUGCUUGGUAUGGACUUCCUUUUGUGUCGCCACAUAAUCUACUGGUAUCAACAAUCAACGGAACUGGUGCAGCGAUCGAGUCGAUCUAUGUGAUCCUGUUCAUAAUAUAUGCUAAGCCUCAGAAAGUGAGAGUGAAAAUGCUCGCACUCUUCACUUUAAUUCUCACAGUUUUCGCAAUUGUGGUGCUCGUUUCUUUGUUUGCUCUUCAUGGAAAUUCAAGGAAACUCUUUUGCGGCUUUGCUGCUACCAUCUUCUCCAUUUGCAUGUAUGCCUCACCCCUUUCCAUUGUGAGACUGGUGAUCAAAACAAAGAGUGUGGAAUUCAUGCCAUUUUUCCUGUCAUUGUUUGUGUUUCUCUGCGGAACAUCUUGGUUCAUCUACGGUCUUCUUGGCCGUGACCCUUUUGUAGCAGUUCCAAAUGGCUUUGGGUGCGGCCUAGGGGCACUGCAGUUGAUCCUAUAUGCUAUCUACAGAAAGAACAAAGGUGAUAAGAGUGAACCCAAAACAACUGACACCAAAGAUAAUUCUGUUGGUAUAGAGUUUGAGAAGUUCCAACAAGGCAAGCAAACGAAUUCCACUUAUCCCAUUGAACAAAAUGGUCAAGUUUAGGAUUUCUGAUUGUCGUUUAUCAGUGGGUAGAUCUUACUUUGAUGUAUACAGAGCUAAAAACAUGAACUAUUUCUACUGUAUAAUGUGGCUGCAAAUAGUCACCGGAGGUCCUGAACUUCUUAAUGUCUUCUAUGAUCUGAAUCAGUAUAUUUUUUUCCGAACUGUCUGCUGCUCUUAUAAUGUAAUUUGUAAACAAGAAAAUCUCGAGAAAAGCGCAAAUAAACUGCAACAUAU